UGAGCAUCAAGUAAAGUUUUAAAUUGGAGGAAAUGAAAGGGUUAUUUUGUGCUGACGUCAGAAGACUGGGCUAAGGAUCGUUUCCAUUCGCCGCCAGUCACAUACACAGGGCGGUCAAACGCGCGUGCUGCGCUCUGCUGCUGUUUGUUACGCGACUUCCUGGUGCUCUUUGUAGUAAACUUCGUAGUAAUGGGCUGCUUUUUGUAGUUUUAUUUGGAAACUCUUCGUAAUCUCUGUGAAGUGAAUGGCUAACUAAGCUAUAAUGGGUAAAAAGACUCGAAUGUUCCACAACAGAAAAUGAGACUGACAGCUGACGCUCAUAAUGACAGGAGGAACUGCUUCUGUGAUAUGAACGUUUUGUACUGAAUUCAGCAUCUUCUCUCAUCUUCAUUUUAUCGGCUGUUUCCAUCAUGAAGCAGAGAAGCUGUCGCACACUAGAUCAGGAUGAUCCUCUGUGCUGUUGUGAGUACAUCGAUCAUCAUGGCGGACGCAGUCACAUGGCAGCAUGCUGCUGUGACUGUGAGGAUUUGGAUGAGGCUUGUGACAGAUGGAUGAAGAAGAAGCCUCAAAGUCAAGACUCUCUGUCCCGGGUUAUAGCUACGAUCAAUGAUCGUCUGCGGGUGCCCUGGAUAUCUGGAGCCCGACAAUUUGAUAUAUCAGUGAUCCCUCCUCUUAUUCUGCUUCCUGUUUUUUUGCACAUUGCAGCUUUGCACUACCUGCUGGGUAUUUUAGUGCUAACAGCAAUGCCCAUCAUGAUCCUUUGGUACUACUAUUUCACUCACCGAAAGAAAGGACGCACGUUAUUCUUCCUCAGCCUCGCACUCUUCUCCCUCUUCUACAUGUUCUACCUCUUCAUCACCGAAGUCGUUCCUCGAGGUGAUGUGAAACAUCUUCAGAUGGCCGCUGUGACGGCGGGUGUUGCUCUUACAGUCAUUUCUCUCAUAAUCACUAAGAGAGGGCCGGGCUACGUCACGCUUUGUCCAAAUGACACUCAUAGUACAGUGACCUAUCACAAACCUCCUCCUGAUGUAGAUGCUGCCUAUCUAAAUGGAGCACAGCACCAGGUGGUGAUAGCCAAUCACGAACAAACUGGUGAAUCUGAGUCAGCACAGCAAGGUGUUCAGAGGAGGAACUGGUGUGCCGCAUGCAGAGUGGUGCGGCCCCCAAGAGCGGGACACUGCAAGAUCUGUGGAGUCUGCGUCCUGCGUCUGGACCACCACUGUGUCUGGAUCAACAGCUGUGUGGGGCAGGCCAAUCACCGCAGUUUCCUCCUGACACUUGUUUUCUUUCUGCUGACGUCGCUGUAUGGGAUCAGUUUGGUUCUUCGAAGUGUGUGUCCCGACCAGAAUGUAAUGACUGCACUCUUCUACUGUCCUGACGUCUACAGCCAGUUCAGCUCUGCUCUGUGUUUCACCUGUGCCUGGUACAGCAGUAUUGUGACGGGAGGUUUGCUGCACCUGCUGUUCUUACAGCUCAUCAACGUCAGCUUCAAUGUGACCGAACGAGAGGCGCGUCUGGCUCUGAGAGAGAAAACCGCUCGCAGCCUUCUCUGGGGCCUGAUCAUUGAUACCGGCGUUUACUCACGAGGCUUCUGUACUAACUGGAUUGAAUUCAUGACCAUGAGCAAGGAUUCAGAGCCAUCAAACCAUAAACCAUCAGAUCUGGUAUAGAAAUUCAACUGUCAGACUCUGCUGAUGGAAAAACUAUUGAACUGGUCUUAAAAGCUCAAAAACUCUUAUUUAAUACAGUGUAGAAUAAUGUUGUGCUACUUAAUGUCUUUAACAUCCAUUCCAUAGUCAGUUUUAUGGCUCUAAAUAUUGUGCUCAAGGUCUCAUCAAGAGUCAGUUGAAUAGUGUGGAUCACUAGAUGGCAGUAUUGUAGUAUGUUACACUUCUACCAGUGUAUUUCAACAUCAAGUACACCAAUAUUCAGGUAUACCGGUAGUUAGUUUUUGCACAACUUAUAAUAACUGAUUAUAUUAUUAUUAUCAUAUUAUAUUAUAAAGGUUUCACUAAAUAUUAAAUAAUUAUUUGAUUAAUAUUAAGAAUU